CACGGAGAGAUCGAUCAAACGGGCACGUACGUAGUACAGAGUGCGGACAUUGAUCCGGCGGCAGUGCUGGGAUAUUUUGUACCAUCAACGUAUCAGAAAUGGAGCCUCUCAGAGAUCAUGGCGCGAGCUGCUUGCCGAUGAUGAUCAUGGUGCUGCUGUGCCUGGGCGGCGCGGCUUGUGGCCAGCUGAGCGACGACUUCUACGACGACAGCUGCCCGAAGCUGGAGAGCAUCGUCCAGGCGCGCGUGGCCGCCGCGAUGAAGGCCGAGCUACGGAUGGGCGCCUCCCUGCUCCGGCUCCACUUCCACGACUGCUUCGUCAACGGGUGUGACGGGUCGAUCCUGCUGGACGGGGCGGAGAGCGAGAAGCUGGCGGCGCCGAACCUCAACUCGGUGAGGGGAUACGAGGUCAUCGACGCCAUCAAGGCCGACCUCGAGAAGGCCUGCCCGGGGCUCGUCUCCUGCGCCGACGUCGUCGCGCUCGCCGCCAAAUACGGCGUACUCCUCAGCGGAGGGCCUGACUACGAUGUUCUUCUGGGAAGAAGGGACGGGCUGGUGGCGAACCAGACCUUGGCCAACAACAACCUGCCAAGCCCGUUCGACAACAUCACCGUGAUCAUACAGAGGUUCAAGGACGUCGGCCUUAACACAACAGACGUGGUCAUCUUAUCAGGAGCCCACACGAUCGGGCGGUCGCGGUGCGUGCUCUUCAGCGGCCGGCUGGCCAACUUCUCGGCGGCCAACUCGGUGGACCCGACCAUGGACCCGGCGCUGGCGUCCAGCCUGCAGCAGCUGUGCCGGGGCGGCGACGGCAACCAGACGGCCGCGCUGGACGCCGGCUCCGCCGACGCCUUCGACAACCACUACUUCAAGAACCUGCUGGCCAAGAAGGGCCUCCUCUCCUCCGACCAGGGCCUCGUCUCCAGCCCCGACGGCGCCGCCGCCACCAGGGCCCUCGUGCAGGCCUACAGCUACAACAGCCAGCGCUUCCUCUGCGACUUCGGCGACGCCAUGGUCCGGAUGGGCAACAUCGCCCCCCUCACCGGCUCCGCCGGCCAGAUCCGCAAGAAAUGCAGCGCCGUCAACUGAGCCGGCACGCACCACCGCAUCCAGCUAGCCGGUGAAGAGUCAUGUCGUGCUUUGCACGUGUACCAUGGUCAGGAUGUGUACGUGUGCGUUCGUGUGAAAGUUGUCCUCUCGUCUUGUCUACCGUUUCUUUCUUCGGGUUCAAGCUAGCUAGGAUUCUCCAGCUAGGAGUAAUAAGCUGGCUCGUCCUCUGAACCCUGCAGUUGCAUCGCAGUGGGACAGCCAGUGUGUCGGUUGACGGGUGAGUGGUAGUACCUAUCAGGGCUGCGUGAUAGUAGCGCGCAAAAUGAAUAAUGGAAUCUGUAGCUAGCCGCACGAAGUCUGCAUCGUGCCCUACCUCCCUGAAUGAUGUGCACUUGAAGUCUUGAGCAAGCAAGUUCAGUUAAAUGCCCAACGGCUCCUUAAGUUUCAA